CCCGUUUUGUUCAGUUUACCGAGCGUGAUGCACGUUCUGUACGGAUUACUCUAUGGGUGACGUCUAAAUCUUUGAGAUGAUCUCUCAGAUCACCCCGGGUCUGUACCUGAGUGGAGUGGAGGCUGUGAAUCAGUCAGCGUUGGAGCACAGGGGCAUCACUUUGCUGGUGAACGCCUGCUCUGAAUACCCCUGUCCGGAGUAUGCGGGGGUGAAGUGCGUCUGGGUGCCGGUGGAGGACCGUCCUCACGCCUCUCUGGAGCAUUACUUCGACAGCGUGGCCGAGCAGAUCCAGCAGAACCGCUCUGGAAGCUCUCUGGUGUUCUGCUCGGCCGGGAGAAGCAGGUCUCCGUCUCUUAUCAUGGCGUAUCUCGUGCGGUUUGAGGGACUCUCGCUGCUUCAGGCUCAUCGGCGGGUGCUGGCAGCGCGGCCUUUCAUCCGGCCAAACGCAGGCUUCUGGAGACAACUGCUUCAGUAUGAGAGGAAACUGACCCACAGCAACAGUAUCAGGAUGGUGGCCACCUCACAGGGCGUCCUGCCUGAGGCCAUUCAGCUCACACAGGAGCCGUCAUACUGCCUAGAUGUAUAACUCUGGACAUCUGGAGAUAUUUUAUUGUGUGUGUCUUGAUAAUGUAUAAGGACUCAAAUCAUAACACUACCAUGUAUUGUGUUUUUUUUAACAUGGUUAAUGUUA